GCAAAGCAGCUCUUAUUUGAAAAACCACUGGGUUCUGAGUUCAUUUCUACAGGAAAGCUGUUCUCUUCGGAGGCACAGAGAGCCUUACUCCAGAGCAGCCUCACAGGCUCAGGAUUCCAGUCGGAUAAAUCUCAUUUGAGAGGACGAUGGCAACCUACGCUCUGCAAAUCGCUGGACUGGUGCUUGGUGGAGUUGGCAUGGUGGGCACAGUGGCUGUCACCAUCAUGCCUCAGUGGAGGGUGUCUGCCUUCAUUGGAAGCAACAUUGUGGUGUUUGAAAACCUCUGGGAAGGACUGUGGAUGAACUGCAUGAGGCAUGCCAACAUCAGGAUGCAAUGCAAAGUCUAUGAUUCCCUGCUGGCUCUUUCUCCAGACCUACAGGCUUCCAGAGGAUUAAUGUGUGCAGCUUCUGUACUGUCCUUCCUGGCUUUUAUGACAGCCAUCCUUGGCAUGAAGUGUACCAGGUGUACUGGGGACAACGAGAACGUGAAGAGUCGCAUCCUGCUAACGGCUGGAAUCAUCUUCAUUGUCACAGGCAUGGUGGUGCUCAUCCCUGUGAGCUGGGUUGCCAAUUCCAUCAUCAGAGACUUCUACAACCCCAUAGUGGACGCUGCCCAGAAACGUGAGCUGGGAGAAGCCCUCUACAUAGGUUGGACCACAGCCCUGGUGCUGAUUGCUGGAGGGGCACUAUUCUGCUGUGUCUUCUGUGGCACUGAAAAGAGCAGUAGCUACAGAUACUCAAUACCAUCUCACCGCACCACUCAGAAGAGCUUUCACAUGGAAAAGAAGUCUCCGAGCAUAUACUCCAAAAGUCAGUAUGUGUAGUUGUUCAUGACUUCUAAAUUUAACUAUAAAUCCAUGCGAAUGACUAGAAUGUCCACUACUUUCUAAAAAUGGAACCCCAGAGAACCUUGACUUAACAUUUUUAACUGCCUAAGCUUAAUUACAGGAACUAUGCACCAGCUACUUAUGAUUCUCCAAACUAUUUUAGCAGAAUGAGGUAUUAUACACACUACUUUGAUUGUUUUAGGAGCAAAGUCAUUUGUUUUCUAAAAGGGCUCAUGCAUCUCUUCCCUUUCUCAGUACUUCAAAACAAUGCGGCUAAAGACUGUGUUAUUUUACAAACUGUGAUUUCUCUGUGUCGUAGCAUUAUGUAUGUAGAUGAGCAUGAUGUUUAUGUUUCACAUAAAUAGAGACAAGCUUAAAUGGUUCUGUUUUAAAUGAAAUACGGAUCCAUUACACUGAAUAAAUACGAUUCAACUAUUGCUUUUCUGGGGAAUCAGGGAUGGGAUUGAAGAAGGUUAAUAUUAAUUGUUUAAAAACAGCUUAGGGAUUAAUGCACUCCAUUUAUAAUGAAGGUUAAAAUGAAGGCUUUAAUCAGCAGUGUAAAGGAAACUAAAUGGUUUUCUGAUUCCGGUCUCUGAGCCUGGAGUUAGAAAUCCUCACUCCUUUUAUCCUCUUUCCCCAGAGGCCUUUCUCUCCUUGUAUAUUAAAUUAACAUCUUUGAAAAAGCAGAUAUUUUGUCAAGAGGCUUUGUGUUCAAACUGCUUUUCCAGGGCUAAGAAGAUAACACUGUAGUCUAUGAGAAAUGAGCAACUUCAGGAAAGUGAAUUUUUUUAUCUUAAUUUUUUGUAGUUAUAUAAGAGGAUGUAUUUGAUAAGAAAUCAUAUAUGUAUGUGAAUGUUUCAGUAAGUAUUUGAGUGUAGUCUUUGGAAUUUUUAUCACUGUAGAUGAUGGGGUGAAAAUAAGGUUUUAGUUUUCAUUUUUCUUAACAACAAAACAAGACAUAAAAAAGUAAAAAAAAAUAAAUAAAAGUUGUCUUUUGAGAAUUCCAUCUUCCCCUAUGUGGGUACCAAAAUCAAAGUCAAAAUUUCAGUUCUCUCAAAGACAAAUUCCCUUACUUAUUUUGUUUUGUAAAGUUGUACUAAACUGGAAAUAUUAUGUGUGUCUUCCAAAUUUGAUGCAACUGAUAAUAUGAUUUGAAGUUUUGUGUCUAUGUUUAUCAUAAGUGACGGUCUUAUUUGCUUUAUAUUUUUUUUGUAUAAAUAAAUUGAACAAUUUUAUACCUAA